AGCCAUUCGUUUAUCCAUAUUUCAGCCAACCACAUCUCCUGAAUCCAUUUAUUGGCAUUGUGCUAUUGAUUUCGAGGCAACCGAACGAGAUGCCUACCACCUAUCGGCUAAGAGAUACUGAGGAACCAGUUGGCUUGGCAGGUUCGCAAUUGGCUGUAUUCCACGGAAGUUGGAUCAUCUCAGUCGAGGGCUUCGAUCACAGGAGGGAAGUAAGUAUGCGCUCAGAUCUGGCAGAGCAAUCACAAGCCUUAGGCAUCCUAUACAUGUGCAUGUACAUGCCUACUAUCGGACGCUUGCCACUGAGAUGCACAACGUGAUAUCUCCUCGUAACUUAUUGAGUGCGUACAUCCCGCACACAUGAAUGGCGCAGUGAAUUUCCGAAUGCAGUACUGUACUGCCACAGCCUUAUCACAUUCUCCAGAUUUUGCCACGUCACACACACCAGCCGGCUACCUUUCAGCGGAGUAACACGGACAAGUAAACAAUGUGCACACAUGUCUACCUCGCAGAAAAGCUCACUGGGUGUACUGCAACCCCUUCUAACCUAGCUACAAUCCUUCAUUGUCAACGUCUGGCCACACUGCAGUAAUGGUUUCCAAAAAACGUGAACACGGGCCCCAUAUCUUGGCUCAAUAAUCGCAGCGCGAACAGGAGGAAUGAACCCUGUUUGAUAGAGGCAUCUCCCUCCAUGCCUUAGCUUCCACCAUUUCUGGUGCACAUUGUCCAAGCCAUUCUAGAUUCUGUGUUUGUCGUGCAUUGCUAUCGCCUGAAAGGUCAUUCAACGCUCUCUCGCAGACUACGGGCGGAGAAAUGUCCUUCCGAUGGAAUGUAUUCAAGCUGAAGGAAACCAUCAUUGAUAGUAGGCACGGCGCCCCCCUCUGGCUGGUGAACAAGCGGAGGGGGAGGAGGGAAAAUAUACGCGUAUCGUACUUUCAUACUCCAAAAGACUCCUGUAACCUGGGUUGGCGAAAGCUGGAGCUAAGCUCAAUAAUCGUGUUAUCGCUUCCAUUUUGAUAGUUCGGGUUAAACCCAGCAACAUUCACCCCGGCUUUCUCCUGAAUUUUCCGUUUUGGGAGGGGGAGAAAAGCGGUUGCCGACUAGUUCCUAAAAAUAGCAAUUUAGAUCUGCUCCUGUUAAGUGCACUGAUAGUAGAGGGGACCUGGGGCCCCCCCAAUAUCCCCCCCGUGCCAGCUACCACAGAGCACUAGCUCCUCUCAGUGAACUCUCUGAGAUCACUCCUAGGGCUCACUCCUAGGGCCUCUCUGACUCUCCAUGCGGCACUGAAUUUGUCCAGGCAAGAUCUUGAUGUUGGGGUUUUUAAUCCUUCCUGGCUUUGAACCUGUGUAGCAUGUUGGCACACACCCAGUGGGACUCAAUGCUAAAGGGCCUCAUAACCUGUUGGGCCACUGGGGCAAAAGAGCUCAAUCACCACCAGUGUGCACUGAUGGUAGGGGGACCCGGGACCCCCAACAGUUACUCGCGCUUUUGCAACAGUUGCGUCACGCUAAGGCAGCUUCCAACAGGGUCACCUUGGCUGGAUAGUUUUCUUGUUCACGAACCAGCUGAUCGAUGAGGGGAUUGUGACAUUUCAAAUCAAGGACUAGACACUGCACGAUGUUCCCAAGUGAUGGAAGCGACGACCAUGCCAUGAGGGGGAAGCUUUGUGGCUAUGGUUUUAUUAGCGUGUUCUAAAGCGAUCUCUUCGCCUCGAUAAGCGAUUGGUUGGUGGCUCGGAUAAAUCUCAAGGUGCUAGCUAGCAGAGAAAACGGGCGGAGACGAUUCAUCAGCAACUCUACUCCGUAGCUCUGCUCAAAUCAUUUUCUGAUGAAAGCGGAGAAAAUUGUGCAAGAAGAUAGAAGCCCACCCAAGUACCACGUCCUUGCUUCCAAGUUCUGGGGCUCUGGAUUUGCUGACAUCCUGCACAUGCGAGCCAGCGCGCCCUCAACAACUGAUCCCGGUUCUGUCGAAAAGAUGGGGGGAAAAAAAGGUUGACGAUCAAUUUUCCUCAUCAAAAACUCCAGUCGACCCAGAUACCCAAGCCAAUAUGUGUAGUAACUAAGAAAACGGUCUUCAAGACAAGCGAGUCGACCCACAUCUAGACCACAAGGAGAACAUACAGGACGGACGUCCAGCAAACGGUGGCAUUCGUUCAGAAACCCCCCCUCCCCUGUUAGGCUGGUAUUUAUUAUUUUCACCGUUGAGCAGGAUCAGGAUGAGAAAUGAUGGUCGGUCGGAAAGGGCUGACACAUGCAACGAUGCGAUGCACGUAUGUCCGUUGGCUUUAUUCUCAGGGCACGUUAAUUGUUCCCUCCUAGCUGGUAUGCACAAUUAGUCGGAUAGUUACUGGACAUGUAAAAUACCACAUUGUGGCUUAAUUAUGCAAAACGGUUUCUUUUUUUUCUUUUUAACCAACUCCGACAAUGCCACAUGUAGGCGUGACGUAUUCUCAUCCAGUCUUUAGGAAAAGAAAUGCGGUGGCAAAAUUAAAAUCUCUUGCCGCCGGAUGGACGUUACAAUUAUGAUAGCAAGAACGAAUAGUCAGUCGGAUUUCUGGAGCUAGGAUGCUACAUGCAUGUCUUCCUCGGUAUGGUUAUGUUUCCCUAUCCAGAGCA